GCUUGUCUAUAUUUAUAUACGUAUGUGUUCAUCAACGUAUCCUGUUCUGAAGAAAGAAAAAUAAAUAACCUGGUAUACAUUUACAUUAUAAGGUUGUCAGGAAUUAGUCUGGCUUCACGCCUGACUUCAGGCAAGUAUGCCAAUGCUUCUCGACUCGUAACAAAAAUCCGAUGGAUAGUCGAGUCAGUAAAUGGACGGUUGAAGCAGUGGCGAUAUCUUCAGAAUGUCAUGCCGAACACUCAGAUACCAGCCAUCGGCGACUACGGGUGGCUUGUUGCAGCCCUACAGAACACCACUCAACACUGGCACAACUGAAGGUGAUCAACUGGUAGCAGCUAAGAUGAAGGAUCUGGCGUCCAAGGGGAAUGCUCUUCAGCAGCGUGUCCGGGAGGAGAAUCUCGACACCCGAAAACACUCCUGGAAAUCUAUAGAUGUUGCCGAUGCUGUUGACCAGUUUCCCUCCAUGUCAGAAGAAGACAUCAGAAACCUGACUAUCGGAGUGUACCAAGUGAAGCUUGCUCGUUCUUACACAUCAGAGCAUUUAAGCGAGGACGGCGACUACACAAUCAUGGUUAAUGAUGGGGUUAAUGGUAUGCUACGUGCCCGUAUUCAGAGUCGACACACCAGUGAUCAAGAAAUAUCUUCUUUGGAUCGACUACAGCCCCGCUGUUGUUUUAGGCUGGUUUUGUCAAUGCAAGACUGGAGCUCGAGUUGUCGGCACAUGCGCACAUCAUCAUCAUCAUUCUUUAAUUCAUCAUAUAGAGAUACAUAG